GGCGGGCGGAGCUCGCGGCCUCUGGAUCGCACCCUCCACACUCGUCUCUUCGCUCCGGUUCCUUCUCCUGGAGGCGACCAUGGCCGGGCUCUCGCGCGCCCCGCUGUUCCUGCUGGCCCUCGCCCUGGCCCUGGCCCUGACCGCGAGCCCUGCGGCCGGCGCCACCGCGGGCAGGCCUCGCCUGGUGGGCGGCCUGGCGGAGGCGGACGUGAACGAGGAGGGCGUGCAGCAGGCGCUCAACUUCGCCCUGAGCGAGUACAACAAGGCGAGCAACGACGCCUUCCACAGCCGCGCCAUGCGGGUGGUGCGCGCCCGCAAGCAGCUCGUGGCUGGACUGAACUACUUCUUGGAUGUGGAAAUCGGUCGAACCACAUGUACCAAGUCCCAGCCGAACUUGGCCAGCUGUCCCUUCCACGUGCAGCCGCACCUGAGGAAGGAAGCACUCUGCUCUUUCCAGGUAUACACUGUCCCCUGGUUGGGCAAGACCUCCUUGGUGAAGUCCAGCUGCCAGGACGCAUAGAGGAGAUGUGACAGGUGGGGCCGUGCAGGCUGCCUCUCGCUUGCAUGCCCCCUCCCUGGUGGGGCCCCCUCAGUGUGCUGGCCUCAGGAGACAAACGGAGAAGCUUCCUGAGCAUUGUGUGACCAGCUAAGUGGCUCUCCCUUGCUUCUUUCUGUAGAGUGCUUUCUAGAUGCACCUGUGCCCGGUGCACGUUCUGCUUCCACUUUACGCAAUAAAACGUGACAUCAGCUA